UAUUUAAUUAAAAAGGAAAAACGCACGAUGGACAAACUUGAAGACCUGGAGAGUUUUUUGAAGAAUGUUGACAAAAUAAGUCAGCUAGUGUCGGAUAUGAACUCUGGUGAUGUUGAAGUCCAGCAGAAGGCAGUAGAGAAAGCUGAUUGCUAUCUUGCUGCCUUGGAUGAGCCAUGUAGGACAAAAGUUAACAAGACUGCAAUCAACACAAACCCACCACUCCAGACUCCCCUGAGUCCACAGAGUGAAAGUCCAGAAAAUUUCAUGAAGAUUAUGGAGAGAGAUGCUGACGACAGAAGAAAAAGGAGGAUUGCAAAAGAGCAAAAAGCCACUGUAUUUAAGGACAAAGGGAAUGAAGCUUUUGCCCAAGAAGACUAUGAAACAGCUGUGAAGUAUUACAGUCAAGGCUUGGAUGAGCUACGCGACAUGCAACAUUUAUAUACCAACCGAGCACAAGCCUACAUCAAACUGGGAAAGUACAAGGAGGCUAUCGAUGACUGUGAAUGGGCCCUGAAGUGCAAUGAGAGAUGCCUAAAGGCUUACCUACACAUGGGGAAAGCAUAUCUGGCAUUGAAGAAUUAUAAUGAGUCCAGAAACUGCUUUGAAAAGAUAAUUGAAAUUGAACCUGGAAAAGAGAAGAUGGUGGAAGAAUACCUAACCAGGGUAAAUUUGGAGGAAGAAAAAGAGAGUCAAGAAAUGAAUGCGAGACGAGAGUUUGAGAAGGGAGAGGAGAAGGCCAUAACAGUGCCCCAGCUGUUGGAGAAGCUGUCAAGACGUGGGCAGAUGCCCCUUUACUACUGCGGAGGAUUGGCGAUUCUGUCACAAGUAGUUACUGACUGUGAGUACUGGCAAACUCUUUUCAGGCUGAACAAUGGCUUUAGUAUCAUCAGCGACAAUGACACAGUGAGGAGUUGCCUGUUGCAGAAAACAAAGGAUCCACACAGACAGGACUUGUGUUUGUCUGUUCUAAAAUUAUGGAGGCUUAUUUGUUGUGGAAAUGAUGAAAACCAGAAGAUGCUGAUGACAUGCCCAGUCUUCAGACAGUCUGUUGUUUACUUGGUAACAUCAGAGCAUGUUUCAGCACGGAAAGAAUGCCUGGAAUUGCUGUGUUUGUAUUCACAGAUGCCACAUGGCAGACAUUUGGCCUUUGACACAUUGAAUGUGCACAUGUUAGUGGGGAACCUCAUGGCAUGUGUCUCAAAGCCUGAGCAGCAGGAGGGGUACACAGCAGUCAAGAUUCUGAAGAACUUUGCAGAAGAAAACAAAUUUUGCAUUAAGUUGAGGAACGCAACCGAUGCUGUCAUUGAGCCAUUUACAGCAACACUGAGAAAUAUCAGCAAGUCCAAUCAGCAUAUCCUUCCAUCACUGAUAUCAGUUAUUGGCUGUCUAACUCGAGAUGAUGUCAUCCGUCACAAUUUUGCUAAUGAUCCCGAAUGUUGGAAGGCCUUUCUGGUUGCCAUUAGGCAGUGCAGUGAAUGUGGAUACAAAGAAAUCCUUUACCCUUUGCUUGGCUUGAUCAUCAACCUUUCAACUAUCAUCUCUCCAGUCAUUCAGGAACAUGCUGUUUCACUCUGUGGCUGCUGUCUGGGCCUGCUGAGGGAUGAUGACGGUGGAGUCAUAACUAGAGCCACAGGUGUGUUGAGCACUGUCCUCCCACAGUCCACAGAGGCUGUUGAGCACGUUAUUCAGGGGGGUGUGGUCCAGAACAUGCGGAGGCUGCUGAAGGGAACAGGGCAGACUGCCACUAAGUAUGCCAUAAAGACUCUGACAGUGUGCACUGCUGCCAGUCACUUGGCACAGGAGGAGCUGGUGAAGUCUGAUAAAAAACUGUCCAUUAUACGUCAUUUGCUGGGUUCCAGCUGUGAUGAGUUGGUGUCAGGAAACGCAGCCCUGUGUCUGGCCCACUGCCUUGAGUUAGAGGGAGCUGCCAGCAGCCUGCUGGGCACUGAUAUUGUGCUACUUCUGCUGCGACACGCUGCAGGGGACGCUAAGAGGACAGCUGUGCAGAAAAAUGCAGCGAUUGCUCUGGGGAAGCUAUGUCGAUCAGAGCCCAGACACGUGAACAAACUUCGAGAACUACAUGGCCUUGAGAUCCUGCAUUCCUGUAUGAAGCUCAUCAUUUGA